AUUCGGUGGUGACAAAGUUCAGCUGAUCUGGUUCUGACUGAUCCUCAGCAGCUGAAGCGAAGCCAAACACAUGCACGGUUGCUUCCCCCCGCAAUGACAACAGGGAAUAUAUCUCGAUUUUGGGAGUGGGGUAGAAAAAUAGUGUGUGUCGGGAGGAACUAUGCAGACCACGCUAAAGAGCUGAAGAAUGCGGUUCCUACAGAGCCCAUCCUGUUCCUGAAGCCCCCCUCUGCUUAUGUGAGGGAGGGAUCCCCCAUCCUGGUGCCUCUCUACACCAGCAACCUGCACCAUGAGGUGGAGCUGGGGGUGGUCAUCGGCAAAGCAGGGACGGCCAUCCCUCAGGACGCUGCCAUGGAGCAUGUGGCGGGUUACGCUCUGUGCUUGGACAUGACAGCCCGGGACAUCCAGGACGAGUGCAAGUCCAAAGGUUUACCCUGGACUCUGGCCAAAGCCUUCAACACGUCCUGUCCGGUCAGCGAGUUCAUCCCCAAGGCGCGCAUUCCUGACCCCGGCAAGGUCAAGCUGUGGCUGAAGGUCAACGACCAGCUGAGGCAGAGCGGCUGCACCUCCCAGAUGAUCUUCUCCGUCCCCUUUCUGAUCAGCUACAUCAGUGACUUCAUCAGCCUGGAGGAGGGGGACCUCAUCCUGACGGGGACCCCCAAGGGAGUCUCUGCCGUGCAGGAGCACGAUGAGCUGCAGGCUGGGAUCGAGGACGUUGUAACCAUGAGCUUUAAAGUAAACAGACAAGAUCACUGAAAACACUUGUCAUGAAGCAAACGCCUACAGUGUGGAGAGAGAUCAGCAGAUGGCAGCAAUGUGCUGUCAUUCAUUUUUUUCUGAUGACUUCUGUAAAGUAUUUGAGAGACACAACUAAAGCUACUUGUGAUGUGUUUUACUGUUAAUCUGACUCCAGUCAGGGAUAUAAAAAUAAUUUUUCAUGCACUACGAUUGCAUUGAUCACCAGUGGUGGAAGAUGGAUUGAAGAUUUUAAAAUGAAAUGUGGAAAAAUACUGUGUUGGAAAGGUGAAGAAUCUAAAAGUGUGCUAAUGAAACAACAACAAUAAUAAAAAGGGACCGCCAGUC